UGGAGUUCGCAAUUCAAGCGCUCAGAGGGCUAGCUAAAGUCUCAGCUGCAAGCCAAGCGCGCUCAGCGGGUGAGUUGCUGGGUCCCAGAGCCCUGCCCCUUGCGCAGCCUGCGAGCGCGUGGUAAGAAGGCGCAUCCGCAUCCAUGCCCCAGCCGGGGGAGCUGGAGGCGCUUUCAGCUCAAGGCAAGUGAUGCGAGGCUGAGCGCGUGGCGGCCCUAGUCGUGCCCCGCUGAGUCAAACGCCGAAGGACAGCAGCGCGCAACAUCUCUCCUCGCCUCGCGCGGGGCGGGGCGGGGCGCGGCUGGGGGGCGGGGGGCCUGGCCGCCCGCGGGGAGCUGAGGACGAGCACGCGCGCUGCGGACCCGAGGGAGGACACGGUCAAAGCAUUGCUAUCAACUGUGAAACCAGAGAGCCCUCUAAGCCAACAAGCUAACUCUGAAGCCUCCCCUACACCCCCUAACCACCGAAGGCGGCGACACCUGAUUCAGCGCACAAGCACGGGGCGUUCUGUCCCGGAUACAAUUACGCGGCAGAGACACUCUCAAACUCGCGCGGGGCAGCCAAGAGACAAGCUGAACAGAGUGUGCCUGUAGUCUGCUCAGCUACAUCCAGAACCCAGUGAGGAGAGAGGUUUUCUACCGUUGUUCCAUCAUCAAGUACUAUCCUCUCGAAUAUGCAAGCAGUGACAGCCGUGAUUUGUGAGAAGGCAACACUGGAGAGACACAUAGCUAUGAAGUCUUAUACUCCAUACUUCAUGCUCCUAUGGAGUGCUGUUGGGAUAGCGAAGGCUGCCAAAAUCAUCAUCGUGCCGCCAAUAAUGUUUGAAAGCCAUAUGUACAUUUUCAAGACGCUAGCCUCAGCCUUGCAUGAGAGAGGCCACCAUACAGUGUUCCUCCUCUCUGAAGGCAGAGACAUCACCCCAUCUAAUCACUACAGCCUCCAGCGCUACCCAGGGAUCUUUAACAGUACCACCUCAGAUGCUUUCCUACAGUCCAAGAUGCGGAAUAUUUUCUCUGGGAGAUUGACAGCAAUUGAACUGUUUGACAUACUGGAUCACUAUACCAAGAACUGUGACAUGAUGGUUGGCAACCAUGCCCUGAUCCAGGAUCUGAAGAAAGAAAAGUUUGAUCUGCUGCUGGUGGACCCUAAUGAUAUGUGUGGAUUUGUGAUAGCUCAUCUUUUAGGGGUUAAAUAUGCUGUAUUUUCAACUGGCCUUUGGUAUCCUGCAGAAGUGGGCGCUCCUGCUCCAUUAGCAUACGUCCCAGAGUUUAACUCACUCCUCACAGACCGCAUGAACUUGUUGCAAAGGAUGAAAAAUACCGGUGUUUACCUCAUUUCCAGAUUAGGAGUCAGCUUUCUGGUACUUCCCAAAUACGAAAGGAUAAUGCAGAAGUACAACCUGCUGCCAGAGAAGUCCAUGUAUGAUUUGGUUCAUGGGUCCAGCCUGUGGAUGUUGUGUACUGACGUAGCACUGGAAUUCCCGAGACCUACUCUACCUAAUGUUGUUUAUGUAGGAGGAAUCCUAACCAAACCAGCCAGCCCACUACCAGAAGAUCUCCAAAGAUGGGUAAAUGGUGCUAAUGAACAUGGCUUUGUCUUGGUAUCUUUUGGAGCUGGUGUCAAGUAUCUGUCAGAAGACAUUGCUAACAAACUGGCAGGAGCUCUGGGGAGAUUGCCUCAAAAAGUGAUAUGGAGGUUUUCUGGACCCAAACCAAAGAAUCUAGGAAACAACACUAAACUCAUAGAAUGGCUACCACAGAAUGACCUGCUUGGGCAUUCAAAGAUUAAAGCCUUCCUGAGCCACGGUGGUUUGAACAGUAUUUUUGAAACUAUGUAUCAUGGUGUGCCUGUAGUGGGAAUUCCACUCUUUGGAGACCAUUAUGAUACUAUGACCAGGGUACAGGCAAAAGGCAUGGGGAUAUUAUUAGAAUGGAAGACAGUUACUGAAAAAGAGCUCUAUGAAGCACUGGUGAAAGUUAUCAAUAAUCCCAGCUACCGUCAGAGGGCCCGGAAGCUUUCGGAAAUCCACAAGGAUCAACCUGGUCACCCUGUCAAUCGAACUAUCUAUUGGAUAGAUUAUAUUAUUCGUCACAAUGGAGCCCAUCACCUACGUGCCGCUGUCCAUCAAAUCUCUUUUUGUCAGUAUUUUUUACUGGAUAUUGCCUUUGUGCUUUUGCUUGGUGCUGCCUUGUUUUACUUUCUCUUGUCUUGGGUGACAAAAUUUAUCUACAGAAAAAUCAAAAGUCUGUGGUCUAGAAGUAGACAUAGCACAGUUAAUGGACAUUACCACAAUGGAAUCCUCAAUGGCAAGUACAAAAGAAAUGGCCAUAUUAAACAUGAAAAGAAAGUGAAAUGAGCCAACAGCCCGCGUGACAGAAAUAAAUUGGUCCACUCAUUGAAUUUUUAUUGCUAUUAUUUAGUCUAACAGCUACUAAAAGUAAAACAUCAGUAAACAAUUCUAACACACCGUUAUGAGAUCUUACUAAUGAAAUUCUGUGGAAUUAAGAUGGCUGUAAAAAGCACAAACCUAAAAUGCAAAAAUGUAUUUGAUUCAAAUACUGAUGCAGAGAGUUUUGGCACUGAACCUUUUAGAAGCCUUAAUUAUUUAAAUCAAUUAAGUGACUAUGUCAGACCUUAGUUUUAAAUCUUGAUACGUGUGUGUCCCAGAUCAGAAAUGGUUUCAUUUUUCUUAAUAAGUUUGUGUGUAUGUGUGUGUGUAUGUGCGUAUGUAUGUGUCCUACUUAAGAGAAUUUUUACUGGCUGCUUGUUACAUUUUUUGAGGGUACAACACAUUCAAGAUAAGGCAAAAAGAUAGUCAGGAUUCAGAGGUUUCUUUUCUAGCAUUUAGUAUGUGUGAACUCAGAACACUACCACGAAAGAACACUUUCCCCCAAAACUGGAUGCAGAGGAAGAAAAGAAAAAAAGAAUGGCACACUUUUUUUUUGUAUUUUUUGUUUUAGUUUUUUGUUGUUGUUCUUGUUCUCGUUUUUCUUUUCUGAUAGAGGAUGCCCACUUCUGGGGGAAAGACAUGUAAUUAAGUAAAUGUAUACAUUGGUUUUCACAUUUUACUUUUGUUUUCCCAAUACUAACAAUUUUCUUCUGGAAGAAUUUUACAGUUUUUUUCUAUUUCACUUUAAUGAGUAACAUUAUGUUAAAUGCAUAAGUAAGACAAAGCAAUGAAAUUCUGACUUUGUUCAAAGUACUGAAGAUUAUUGCUUCUAGGGAAUUUUUAAACAGCACCAUUGUAUUGUUGAAUGUUUAUGUAACUGUUGGAUGGCUUUUCUAUGAUGUAACUUUUGAAUGUUCGGGUGUUAUUUCCAAAUUUUUACCUUUAAAAAAAACCAUCUCCUGAUCUCUCUUAUUGCUUAGGCCAUACAAUCUAUGUUAUAUUAGGUGCCAAUAUUUAAUUCUUUUAAAUGGAACAUUUUCAGUUUUGCAUAUUGGUGCCUGCUUUGUCUGGAGAGAUUUGAGAUCUUGUUAACAAAUCCUACUUUACACUAUAUACAGACAUGACAGAUAAAUUGUACCCUUUGUUUGUAAAAAUGAGUUCCAGUCAUCCUCCUUAUUCCCUUUUCUGGUCAUUGUGGCAGACAUGGAACAGUGACAGUAUUCAUUUAAGAACAGGGAUGCAAGUCACAGACAUCAUAAAAUCAGGGCCUCCCUGCUGAAGCACUCACUAGUUGGCAACUAUGAAUUUAUUCCAUGUCAUUCUGUUUACUUAGCACUUGCACUACCCUUGUUGGUUGAGUGUAUGCUUUAUUUGUUUGUAGUUUGAAAUCCCACAUUUGAUAGCUGAGAGUAGGCAAAUACAACAUUUACCUAAUGUCAUUCACUAACAUGGAAGAGUUGUGAAAAUUCUAGAAUGCUGUAAAUCCUUGGCAUACACUAUGACAAAACAACUUCAUUACUCUCCCACCAGGAGCUGUUCUCCUAUACUUAGAAAUAAUGUCACAAGUAGUUUUCUAAGGUACAAUGCAGACAAAUGUACUGCUCUCUGAAUACUUGAAGAAAUGGUAAUAUACAUACAUAGAAACUUAUUAGUUAUACCUUUUCACAAUCUUAUUACGAUGUUGCCGUUAAAAGGGAAAAAAGAUACAGGCAAUGAAUGGUGGGAUAGUAAGAGGACUUAGAGUGUAUGAAUGAGUUGGUUUUACUCUUUUGGAAUUUGAUUAAGUUGACAGUAGGCACUGAUUGGAUGAUUAAGCAUCAGUUAAUCUCCACUGUGAUAAAAACUUAAAUAAUAAACAUGAUUUAAAAUAGAGAA